AUGGACGCCGUCGAAGAUAUUAGUUGGUGGAAUGCAUUGCCUAUUUCUCCCGGCUUUCUCCCUAAAUUCCUCCUAUUCGUCUCCGUAGUAUCUGUCGCCAAUUCAAUGCAAUGCUAUGCAACUCUCAAAUUCACCAAACGCGUCUACUCUGGCAAACCCUUCGAAGUUAAUGGCCUUUCCUCGCGUACGUUCGGAACAUGGACCAUGCUUGCUGCUUUGAUCCGGUUCUAUGCUGCCUACAACAUCUCUAAUGGUCCAAUUUAUGAUAUUUGCAUUGGAACUUUUGUUUUGGCUGGGUGGCAUUUCGUUAGCGAAUGGUUGUGGUUUGGGACUGCGAGUCUCGGUGAGGGUCUCACUGGCCCAUUGAUUGCCGCUUCGACCGGGCUCACUUGGAUGUUGUGGCAGAGAGGUUAUUAUCUGACUCUGCCUGCUCAGUAG